CCAAAGGCCCACUCGGAGUUGGAGUCGCCACUCGCCUGCUCCUGCUCGUGUCGGGCCUCGCCGCCCGCCUCCUCCUCCAAUGGCUGCGCCCUCCCACUUCCGCCUCCUCGCCCGCCCCCAAACCCUAGCCCUAGCCCUGCCCGCGUCGCGGGCCCGCUCCGCCCCCCGCUUCCGCCGCCUCCGCCCCGUCGCCGCGCUCGCUGGCGGCGGCGGCGGUCUCGCCGACGUUGGCGAGUUGUUCGGCCGUGUCGAGGCGCUCCUCUACACCGUCGCGGACGCCGCCGUCUCCGCGGGCCCGGGGGCGGUUGCCGAGGGCGGCGGUAAGGUCAAGGAGGCCGGGGACUGGCUCUCUGGCGUCACCAACUCCAUGGAGACCGUGCUCAAGAUUCUGAAAGAUGGUCUAUCAGCUCUCCAUGUUCCUUAUUCAUAUGGUUUUGCAAUCAUUCUCCUCACUGUUCUUGUUAAGGCAGCUACAUUUCCUCUUACAAAGAAGCAGGUUGAGUCUGCACUUGCAAUGAGAUCGCUCCAACCUCAAGUGAAGGCCAUUCAAGAACGAUAUGCUGGUGAUCAGGAAAGGAUACAACUCGAAACUGCUCGUUUAUACAAGCUGUCUGGCGUUAACCCACUUGCAGGAUGCUUGCCUACUCUUGUGACAAUACCGGUUUGGAUUGGUCUAUACAGAGCUCUCUCGAAUGUAGCUAAUGAGGGACUUUUGACUGAAGGUUUUUUUUGGAUACCUUCUUUGGCUGGUCCUACAACAAUAUCUGCUCGACAAACAGGGCAGGGAAUAUCCUGGCUUUUUCCUUUCACGGAUGGCCAUCCACCUCUUGGCUGGUCGGACACUCUGGCAUAUCUUGUCCUACCUGUUCUUCUUGUCAUUUCACAAUACAUAUCUGCUCAAAUAAUGCAGCCACCACAGAGCAAUGAUCCUAGUCAGCAAGGUGUUCAAGCUGUAACAAAGUUCAUGCCUUUGCUAAUUGGUUAUUUUGCUCUUUCCGUACCUUCUGGACUAAGUCUAUACUGGCUCGCAAAUAAUAUCCUCAGUUCUGCACAACAAGUAUGGCUUCAAAAGCUUGGUGGUGCGAAAAAUCCUGUUAAAGAAUAUAUUGACAAACUUUCUAGAGAAGACUCAACUAAUGUUGGGAAGUACGAAUCUGCUGUUAAGAGUGACUCUCUCCCUAAACCUGGUAAACCCCAGCCCAGCCAAGAGCUGAAACCAAGUGGCCCGCAACGCGGUGAAAGAUUUAGGAAACUAAAGGAGGAAGAAUCAAGGAAAAAAGAGCUUGUUGGACAAGCAAAACAAUCAGAACAGUCAAGCACAGAAUCUAUUGUCCUUGAUGGAAAACAAAAUUCCGAUGCCUCUUCUGGAGGCAACAAAGAUGAACAGGAAUCUAAUGAAAAUGGAUCGAUCAUAGCCAAGAGCAAUGGUGGACUUAACCAUAGUAGAAACGAAAGUACUGUGAAUGGAACCACAGAAAAGGAAGCAGCUGACGAUCAUUCCUCAGUAAGCAAACCUGCCUCACCGGACGCCCACAAAUUGACGGACCAAGAGAAUGGAAAUGAUGCCGUAUAGUCAAUGCAAGUUGGUGGCUCUAGCCUUUGCACUGCCUUUACAUGUUCACUGAAAAUCACCGGCUCUGGCGGAUCUGCUUCUUCAACGUGCUGAUCUAAAUUCACCGUGCAGACAAGUUGUGAUCUAGUGAGCAUUAGUUUAGGCAGCUACAGGAGAGUCGAGUCUUACAGGAACACACACCAGGAGGCAAAAUUGUUUCAAACCAUGCUCUAGGGCUAGGUUCUUUUUCCUUUUUAGAACUUUAGAAUUGAGGCUGUAGAUUAUGUGCAGCUUGUAGAUGAAAGGAUUUUUGUUCAUCCCGUUUAUGUUUUCCAGCUGGGAUGAAUGUAAGGUGGCUGUAAAUAUAUAUCUUCCAUCGUCGCUGAUUUUGACCGUUCAACUCGAUAUUUUGCUAGCAGUGUACUUUUUAUUA